AUGGUGACAUAUCAAGACCAAAAGAAAAAGCUACCCCUGUAUGUAAUAAAGGGAGGUGGCCCGGCGCUAGUGGGUAGGGAGUGGUUAAGAGAGAUUACCCUAGACUGGCGGCUGCUAAAGAUGGAAGUCCRUGCAAGCGGACUGCMAAGCRUGCUAGACCGCCAUGAGACUGUGUUCUCAGACGACUUGGGUUGUCUGAAGAACAUUAAAGCCAAGUUUACCCUGAAGGAUGGGGCACGUCCUCAGUUUUGGAAGCCAAGGCCUAUUGCCUUAGCGCGUAAGCCGGCUGUUGAUAAAGAGCUGGAAAGACUAGUGUCUCAAGGAAUUUUGAAAAAGGUUACCCACAGUGAGUGGGCAGCCCCUAUUGUCACACCCAUCAAGAAAGAUGGUAGUAUCCGGGUCUGUGGUGACUUCAAGGUAACAGUCAACCCCUUUYUCGAAAUUGAUGUGUACCCAUUGCCCCGUAUCGAGGACAUAUACGGGAGUUUGAAUGGUGGUAAGAUCUUCUCUGUGAUUGACUUGAAGCAAGCAUAUUUACAGAUGGAAGUGGACGAAGGUAGCAAACCAUACGUCACGAUUAACACUCAUCGCGGUCUCUACCAGUAUCAGCGGAUGCCCUACGGUAUUGCCUCAGCACCAGCUUUGUGGCAGCGAGCAAUGGACCAGGUGCUGCAAGGUCUCAACGGGGUGCAAUGUUAUAUCAAUGACAUAAUCAUAACAGGCAAGACAGAGGAAGAGCACCUGGAGACCAUGGACCAAGUCCUGACAAGGCUGGAAGAGAAUGGACUCAAGGCUAAUAAAGACAAAUGCACCUUCCUCAGGGACUCCGUAGAGUACUGUGGACAUAUCAUUGCAGCAGAAGGCCUUCGWCAGUCCCCUAAGAAGGUGAAAGCCAUAACUGAUAUGCCGGCGCCCCAGGAUGUCUCUCAACUACGUUCUUUCCUGGGGAUGGUACAGUAUUAUGCACGUUUUUUGCCAGACCUGUCCACUCAUCUUAAYCCCCUGCACCGCCUGUUGGCUAAAGACCAGAAAUGGAGCUGGGGGCAGAAGGAGGAAAAAAGCUUCCAAACGGUCAAGAACAUGCUGACAGAAGAUCGAGUCCUUAUCCAUUUCGACCCGGACUUGCCAGUGAUCCUGGCCACUGACAGUUCUUCGUAUGGGUUAGGGGCGGUGCUGUCUCAUAAGCUGCCUGACGGAAGCGAAAGACCAAUAGCCUACUCUUCAAGGUCUUUAACGCCAACAGAAAAGAAAUAUUCCCAAAUAGAGAAAGAGGCACUUGGCAUCAUUUGGGGUGUAAAAAGGUUCCGGUCAUACCUAGAAGGACGGCACUUCAAGCUGAUUACAGAUCACGAGCCAUUGAAGUUCCUAAUGGAUCCAAAAAGAGCCGUCCCAGUGACAAGUGCAGCCCGAAUUCAGCGAUGGUGUCUGUUUUUGGGCGCGUUCUCCUAUGAGAUUGGGUAUCGCGGAACCAAGGAACAUGCAAACUGUGACGGAUUAUCCCGACUACCUUCACCAGCGGCCCCAAGGGACCGUUUGGACAGUGUUAGUUUCCUCUACUCCACUGUAAUAAACACCCUUCCAGUCCCUGAAAGGGACCUGAGACGGGAAACCCGAAGGGAUCCUGAUCUUGCUCGUGUGGUCAGAUUUGUGGAGGAGGGAUGGGACUCCUACGAAGCUUGUACACAGCUCGCACCAUAUGCAUCACGCAGUGAAGAGAUAGUUGUUCAUAACGGAGUACUAAUGUGGGGUACUCGAGUCAUAGUUCCACCUAAGCUGCGAAGCAGAGUCCUCGACAUUCUACACGAAGGCCACAUUGGCAUGGUAAAGAUGAAGGGACUGGGCCGGAGCUAUGCUUGGUGGCCACAGAUGGACGGAGACAUAGAAAGGACAGUGAAGGAGUGCGAUGGAUGUCAACAAGUCACGAACAAUCCCGCGCCGACAACAUUGCAUCGCUGGGAGUAUCCAGCCUCGCCCUGGCAACGUCUACACAUAGACUUUGCAGGCCCUUUUCAGGGCUGA